AUGUCAACCAAUAGAUCCGAUCAAUUACCCAUCGGUUACCUCCACCAGUCUGCUUCGGUCCGAUCAAAUUCGCCUUCCAACACCUCACCCGUCGACUCGGCUCCUGGGUCUGCUAUACGAUCCUCUUUUGGUAUACCUAGCGGGCUAAACCAUCCCGGUAAAAUGGCAACCAACACGCGAUCCGGGGCUGGCUCUCCGUCGCAUGAGAUGCCGGGCUCUGCGAGACUCUUCUCGAAGCGGGCAAGGGAAAUUCAGGCACAAGAGGGACUCCCUGGAAUGCCGGUAAAUCCUUGGGGCGGCCCUCCCACCAGCGGAAAUUCGACGCCGCUUCGCGAGAAUAUUCCUGAGUCUCCCACUGACGGAUUUCCUGAUUUUGUUCAGCUUCCAACUCCCGAAAGUCUGCCUAUGGCCCGGCGCGCCCGCGCGGGCACCCUCCCCUCUCGUUUUUCGCCCGGCGGAGUCGGUCUUCCUCCCGCAGUUUCGAAGUCGGCCCGACCGACACCCUCUCAUACUCCAUUUCAAUCGCCGUCGCCGGGCCUGGAAGCCCCGGAAUCUUUGGUUAAUAACUCGACAUUGCUCUCGCGUCUCCGCGCUGGCUCCAUGCCUCAGCGGGACCCGUACCCAGCGGGGGGCGGUUCUCCUUUCGGACCUUCUAUCUUCAGCAGCAGCUGGAAUCCAUCGGGAGUCGGACGAGAGCGAGCUUCGACGUUGGCUAGCAUCGCGAGCGUCGGCUCCAACGGUCCGAGCUCCCCUGCGCAGUCCCAAUUUUCCAAGGAAGGCGGAGGGGAGAGCGAUGUUCAUAUGAGGACCCUGGAUUACCUAGGACUCGCUGAGACGCCACAGCCACCUCGAGCGCAGCUUGCGACGCCUUUUUUUCCACCGAACUACAACGAACUGUCGAAGGCCAGUCGCUUCCGGUCCUAUUCGGUCAAUAAUAAGGACAAGUAUGCCGAGGAGGAAGACGACUAUGACGAGGUGGAUGCCAUGACGCUCGAAAGCCACUAUGCUGCCCAACUGCAGGAUCAACUGGCCGCCACAAAUGCCGCCAUCCGCAACCAUAACCUGGCCGUCCAGGCAUUUGCCUCUCAGGCCACCCGGCCCCGUGCGCGUACUACUGCCGGUGUUAUCGACCCAUCCGCCUCCCGGCUCAUGCGGAGCUAUCUUCCGAACAACGGAGGCGUGCCACCCACCAUCCCCUCCGCCGACAUGCGCCUCCCGGACGAGAAGAACUACGAUGAUUUGCCGCAGGCUGUCGCCGCCAUGAACCUGGCACGUUCCAACAGCCGAAAUGCUGGUCUGCUAAACGCAGAGGACCAGGGCCUCGAGGGACCAACUAGCGCGCUUUGGCUAGGAAGCAUUCCGACUUCCACCACAACGUCGACCUUGACCGAGAUGUUCAAAACGUACGGGCAAAUUCUGUCCGCCCGGGUGCUAACUCACAAGAACUGCGGCUUCGUCAACUUUGAACGUACUGAAAGUGCCAUCACUGCCAAGGCGAACAUGAACGGCAAGGAGAUUUUCCCAGGAGCCGGUCCUAUUCGCAUCAACUUCGCGAAGCCCCCGUCAGCGUCUAAUACCCCUGGCCAUGACGGCGCCUUCCCGUCUCCCAGUCCCGACCCGUUCUCCAAGAACCAAGAAAACGGUCAAGGUGGUGCCGUUGCCGCCGCCGCCGCCGCCUCCACCUCCACGACGGCAGAGGGUACUGCCGCGACGGCGCAGCCGACCAACGCCGCACCCACCGUCCCCCCGCUUCAUGAGAUGACGGCCGACAUCCUUCGCAUUGUUAGGCAGUUCCAGGCCACUGAGGAAGAUGUCUUCAAAACCUCCCGCAGCUUGCAGUCCGCCGUUCAGUUCACUGCCUUUGUUGACGAAAUCCCUCCGGUCCGGGAACCUACCCAUACCCGAGUUCAUGACGCUCCCAAACUCAGAGACGUCAGGAAACGAAUCGACAAUCAGAGCCUGUCCAAAGCGGAGAUCGAGAAGAUCGCGGUCGAGAUGCUUCCCGAGAUCGCUGAGCUGUCUGCGGACUAUCUUGGCAAUACAGUGGUGCAAAAACUGUUCGAGCACUGUUCCGAUGACGUUCGCGAUGCUAUGCUUGCUGAGAUCGCCCCUCAUAUGGCAGAAAUUGGGGUGCACAAGAACGGCACCUGGGCGGCGCAAAAGAUCAUUGACGUCUGCAAGACACCCCACCAGUUGUCCUUGAUCGUCGAGUACCUUCGACCGUAUACCAUGCCCCUGUUCCUCGACCAAUACGGCAACUAUGUCUUGCAGGGCUGCCUGAAGUUCGGCCCGCCGUAUAACGAUUUUAUUUUUGAGACCAUGAUGAGCCGCAUGUGGGAGAUCGCGCAAGGCCGCUUCGGCGCGCGCGCAAUGCGGGCCUGUCUCGAGAGCCACCACACGAACAAGGAUCAGCAGCGGAUUCUCGCCGCUGCCAUAGCGCUGCACAGUGUUCAACUGGCGACCAACGCCAACGGCGCGCUGCUCCUGACCUGGUAUUUGGACACAUGCACUUUCCCACAGCGUCGCACAGUGUUGGCCCCGCAGCUGGUCCCCUUCCUAGUUCAUCUUUGCACUCACAAGGUCGCGUACCUCACUGUUCUCAAAGUUAUCAAUCAGAAGUCGGAGCCUGAAGCGCGGGACACGAUCCUCACGGCCAUGUUUUUCACGCCCAACGACCAUGUUCUGGAGGCGAUCCUGAGCGACCAUGCCUGCGGUGCUGCUCUGAUCUUCAAGGUUCUCACGACCCCCUUCUUCGACGAGAGUAUCCGCACCCAGGUGGUGGAGAAGGUGAAAAGCGUUUUGGUGAGGAUCAAGGCGCAGCCUUCGCAGGGCUAUAAGCGCCUCAUGGAUGAGGUCGGUCUUUCGACGCGUAGCUCUGGAGGCGGCGGGUCGCGUGAUGCUGGUCAUGGCAGCAACCACAACGGCAAUGAGGCGCGGCAACGGCCGACGUCACGACAGGCGAAUGCGAACGGUCAUCAGCAGCACCCGGGUCACGCGAACAAGCCGUUCUACAAUCCGCUGCCUUCGGCGGUCAACCCGAAUUACGAGGCCGGCUACGGCGGGCCCCGCAACGAGACGCCGGACGCGAACAUGGGACCUUACCCGCCUUACGGCGCACAGAAUCCCAUGUACAACUCGGCUAACCCCGCGAUGCCUCCUGCGCCUCAGCAAACACCGUACCAACAGAACAUGAUGCAGCGCGGCACCCCUGCGAUGAACAACUACUACCCUCCCAUGCAGUCAGGGUAUAGCGGUUACAACAGCCCGAGCGCCGGGAUGGAUCAGUACCGGAACCAGAACAUGCCCACUGGCAGCCCGAUCCAGCCGGCUGCAACGCAGAUGCCGCCGAUGGCACCAGGCCAGCCUGCUCCCUAUAGCAACGCGUCAUAUGGCAUGAACAUGGGCAUGAGCGGCGGAUACGGGUACGGGAACAUGGGCGGCAUGCAGAACAUGCCGCCGUACAUGCAACAGGAACAGGCCAACACCAGGCGUGGCCGAGUAGGUGGACCCCCGUCUUCUACCAAGCAGCACGGCCGUAAACCGAAAGGAAACAAAAACUAA